CAGCGGCAACAGCAGCAGCAGCAGAAAAAGAAGCGACUUUGUCGAGUCCCUCUUGCUCCUCCUCUCCCUCUCCCGCUGUCCCGCAGCCUCUCCCGCUCUCCCUUUCCUGCUGUCCCCUCCUCUCCCAGUCUCCCUCUCCCCCUGCUGGGCUGAGCCAUGCCCCCGACCCGCCCCCGGCCCCGGGCGGGGCUGUCCCGUCCCCAUCCCCGUCCCCGUCCCCGUCCCCGUCCCCGUCCCCGUCCCCGUCCCCGGCCGUCCCGCCGCGGUCUCGCCCCCGCCCGGCUCUGGCCGUGCUGGCGCUGGCGCUGCUGGGCGGGCAUCAGUGCCUGGGGCUGGGGCGGCAUCGCCGCCCUUUGGCUCCGCCUGGCCCGAGCCCGGCCCCGGCCCCGACGUGGGCUCCAGUCCCGGCCCCGGCCCCGGCUCCUCCCGGGCCCCGCGGAGGACACAGGCGGCGCGGCCGCUGCCGCCGCCUCCGCUGCGGCUUCCCCGGCCCGAGCUCCGCCGCUCGGCAGCGCGGCCGCCGGCCCCGAGCCGCCGCUGUCCCGUUGCCAGCAGAGAACGCCUGGGGAUGGCCGGCCCGGGGCGCUCGGGGGGCGCUCGGGGGCCGCUCCUGGCCCCGGGCCGAGCGCUGACAGCCGCGUCCCGCCCGCAGGGAAGGCGCAGGAGGCCCUGCAGGAGCGGUACCGGCUGGGUUCGCUGCUGGGCAGCGGCGGCUUCGGCAGCGUCUUCGCGGCCACGCGGCUCUCGGACGGCGCCCCGGUGGCCAUCAAAAGGGUGCCGCGGGAUCGCAUCCGGCACUGGGGCGAGCUGCCCGACGGCACCAGCGCACCCCUGGAGGUCGUGCUGCUGGCCAAGGUGGCCUCUGGCUGCGCUGGUGUCAUUCAGCUCCUGGAGUGGCUCCAGCUCCCCGACAGCUUCUUGCUGGUGCUGGAGCGCCCGGAGCGGUGCCAGGACCUGUCGGGUUUCCUGGCGGAGCGGAGGUUCCUGCCGGAGGAGGAGGCGCGGGGGCUGUUCCGCCAGGUGCUGGAGGCCGUGCGGCACUGCACCAGCUGCGGGGUCCUGCACAGGGACAUCAAGCCCCAGAACAUCCUGCUCGACCUGGCCACCGGGCAGCUGAAACUGAUCGACUUUGGCUGUGGCGCCUUCCUCCAAGACACAGCCUACACCCAGUUUGCAGGAACCCUGUCCUACAGCCCACCAGAGUGGAUCCACCACCACCGCUACCACGGCGAGGCAGCGACCAUCUGGUCCCUGGGCCUCCUGCUGUGCCACCUGGUCAUGGGCAAGCACCCGUUCAGGAGGGGCCAGGAGAUCAUCUGGGGGCGGAUCUUGUUCCCACGACGGCUCUCUCAAGAGUGCCAGGAUGUCAUUAAGAGGUGUUUGUCCAUGCAGCCCAUGGACAGGCCAUCCUUAGAAGAGCUUUUCCACGAUCCUUGGGUGCAGGGUGUUCCUCUGCCCUAGAGGAUGGGAGAGAUCCACGUGCACAGUUGGAUCCAGGGGCCUGGCAGGGAAGGAGAAGGAGCCCCUGGAGAAGCUGCACCAGGUGGGGCUGCUGCUGCUGGAGACACCAAGGACAACCUCAAGGAUGACAAUCUCUUCCUCGGCCUGGCCAGCUGAAGAUGAUGGACUUGGAUUCUGGCACCUUCUCCAAAGCCAGGCUCCACAGGGAAUUUGCAGAUGAAUCCACAUGCAGGGGGAUGCUCCCAGAUUUGGGCAUUGCUCAGCCUGGCCGGGAACCAAAGGUUCCCCCUUUGCUGGGGCGGAUGCAGCUGAUCCUUCAGUCGGCUGCCAGGCUGCUUUUGGCAGGGUUGGGGGCAUGGGCUGGGGUGGGUACGAAAUGGGAGUGGGCUCCUGGCCCUGCCAACAGCCUCCAGCACCCACCGUGCCCCGGGCUGGGGCUGGGGCUGGGGCAGCCAGCCCGACACAAACCAACCCCCAUGGUGGGAGCAGAGGUGGGACUCCAGAACCUGUGCAGGGCCUGCUUUGCUUUGCAGGCAAGGAAGGGCUUGGGCUGCUCCACUGCCCUUGAUUGCUUUGGGAUCACCGUUAUUUUGGGAGGCAGUGCAGGGGGAAGGGAGAAAGCCUGGGCUUCCCUGUCCUGUGGGUGGGUUUUUCCCUGCCAUGCAGGGGUUGUGCCUUCCUCAAGCCCCUGACAGAGAUAAGAUUUUUGACCUUUUUUCUUGUUCCCCUUUUUGUCUCUAAUUUAUUUUCAAGCAUUUGUUGUGUGUUUUUCUAGAGGAAGCGUUCCAGGUGGGGUCCAGUCUGGAUGGGGAAGUGCUUGGGAGCAGCUGCGGGGUGGAUGGGCCGUGCCCUUGGAGAAGGCUGAGGACAUCGUUUGGGACCAGCUUUUCUUCCAGCGGUGGAUGGCGUCAGGUGGAUCCCGUCUGCUCGGCAUGGUGGGAUCAGAGCUUUGGGGAGAUGGCAGCGAGCACAGGAGCAUCCUGCUCCGGGCAGCUGCUGAGGGCUGGAUGUGCCGUGGCUGGCUGCAGGCUGGGCACAUGUCCUGCCCUCCUGCUCUGCUGCCAAAGGCAGCAGUGAUGGGCAGCUCUGGGCACCGCUCUGGGCACGGCCAGCAUGGCCUGGGCACCGCGGGCGGCUGGGACAAGGGGACAGGAGCCUUCAGCUGACGGGCGCUUUCUGGUUUCUCUCCUUGCAGCCGGGCUCUGCGCGUGCUGAGGCUGCUCUGGGCUCUGCCAGGGCUCUGCUGGAGCUCAGCACCGGGCCAGAAUCAGCCAAAGAAGAAAUGGUGUGCCCUGCAGCACAGCCUUGCUUGAGCAUUUCAGCAACACAGCUCAAGUCUGCAGAGUGUACACCGCCAAGGGAAAACAUGCCACCACCCAAAAAAUAAACUUGUUCAAUAGCUUCUGAAAUGAAA